CCACAAAUUGACACACCGUCCACCCAUUUUCUAUCAGAUCUCACAAAUUCGAAGCAGUUGCUGAAAGGAGAAAUGUGUGGAAUCAUCGGUCUUUUGUUAGCGGACGAGAACCAGUUUGUCAAUCAACUCCUCGUUGAUGGACUGACUGUCUUGCAGCACCGCGGCCAAGAUGCGGCUGGCAUGGUGACCGCAGAGCGCCGACGGUUGCAUCUUCGUAAAGAUAAUGGAUUGGUUCGUGAUGUGUUUCAUACUCAUCACAUGAUGGAACUCCGUGGAAAUGUUGGCAUUGGACAUUGCCGAUAUCCAACGGCUGGAUCAAGUUCCUGCGCUGAAGCCCAGCCCUUGUACACCAAUUAUCCUUACGGUAUUUGCGUGGCUCACAAUGGUAACAUCACUAACACGCAGGAAUUGACAGAAUAUCUGCAAGAUACCGUGGGAAGACAUGUCAAUACAGAAUCUGAUUCCGAGUUGCUCCUGAAUCUUUUUGCCGAGGCAUUGACAAAACAAGAAAAGGGAAUCUCUACGACCGACCAGAUUUUCAAGGCCAUUGCAGAAGUCAUGGGAAAGUGCAUUGGUGGCUACGCUGGUUUAUACCUUAUCAAUGGAAUUGGCUUGGUGUCCUUCCGUGAUCCUCAUGGAAUUCGCCCUCUGGUCUUUGGCUGUCGAAAGACGGGUUCAAGUGCCAAAAACGGAAACACAGUUCCAGCUUCACCAGCUAGAAUGGGAUCAGACCCCCAAGUUGACUAUGUUGUUGCUAGUGAGUCGGUUGCCAUUGACACUCUUGGCUUUGACUUGGUUCGAGAUAUCAAACCUGGCGAAGCGAUCUUCUUGGACAUGAACACGGGACAGUGCCACUCACGGGUGUGUCACCCAAAUCCCACGUACACGCCGUGUAUCUUCGAAUACGUGUACUUUGCCAGACCUGAUUCGAUUAUGGACAAAGUUAGCGUCUACGAAUCUCGCCUCAAGAUGGGAGAAAAGUUGGCCGAAAAGAUUAUAAGACUGUAUCCUGAUCAUGGUAUAGACGUUGUGGUGCCAAUCCCUGAUACCUCCCGAACAUGUGCGCUUCAAGCCGCGUAUCGCUUGAACCGUCCAUUCCGGGAGGGGUUUAUCAAAAAUCGAUACAUCGCGAGAACGUUCAUCAUGCCUGGGCAAGAAACUCGAAAGAAAAGUGUACGAUUAAAGCUGAAUACCAUCAAAAGCGAAUUCGCAGGGAAAAAUGUGCUUUUGGUGGAUGAUUCUAUUGUUAGGGGAACAACAGGGCACGAGAUUGUGCAAAUGGCUCGUGAUGCUGGAGCGAAGAAAGUUUUCUUCACCAGUGCUGCGCCUCCGAUUCGAUUCCCCAAUAUCUAUGGCGUUGACAUUCCGACCAGAGAAGAGCUUAUUGCCUACAACCGAGAUGAAGUGGAAAUCGCUGCGAAACUGGGUUCAGAUUGGGUGGUGUACCAAGAUCUAGCGGAUCUCGAAGAUUCUGUGAAGUGCCUGUUGCCACCUGGUCAUUCAUUAAAGGACUUCGACACGAGCUGCUUCAGUGGUACCUAUGUAACUGGACAAAAGAUUGGAGAUGAAUACUUUGAGAAACUCUACAAUAAGCGAAAUGACAAAGCAAAACAGAUGCGGGAAAGUCGGAGCAGUUCAGUUUUGAGUUCUGCGUCGUCUUUGUCGUUGACGCGAAUGGCAAUGCAAAGUAAUGAUGGUGCCGAAGCAAUCUCAAACGACAAAAGGAGCGGCUAUUCGUCUGAUGACGGGUGUGAAAGCCUCACAAACAAGACAGGAAAGGCUCGGUAGAGGGACGGAGGGAGUUUCCAUGGCGUCUCCCUAUGCCUACAAGUUUUGCAGACGUUUACUAAUUUGGAUGCACAUCCUGAAGCAACAGGUCCUACGUGGUACAGGAAGAGGCUUGCUUGAAGUACCGCGCCUCCACUACCUGAUCUAGUUGUAACGAUAAUGCAUGAUUUUUUACAUCACCAUUCCACUUUGAAACGAUGUUUCACUAUGUACCAGUACUAGUACAGCUUAAAAUACGAGAGGCGUUCAUUACUCCUCUUGAUGACGGGUGCGAAUCCCUCACAAACAAAGACAGGCUUGGCUCGGUAGAGCGAGGGAGGGAGUGUCCAUGGCGCCUCCCUACUAGUAUGCCUUCAAGUCUUGUGGACUUUUAUUUGGAUGCGCAUCCUGAAGCAAUGGGUCCUACCGUAUGUGGUGCAGCAAGAGGCUUGCUUGAAGUACCCCGCCUCCAUUACUGAUCUUCAUUGUAGUUGUCUCCUAUGCAUGACUUUCUACAUGACCAUUCCAAACGAUUGCUUUUGAACUAUGUUCCAUGGGUACAACAUAAAAGAGAGGCGUUCGUUAUGGCGAACUAUGUAAGCUACCGUUCAGGAUGCAUCACUGAGACAACAAACAAUCUACGCCUUGAGUUGAAUUAAGUAAUUAGAUGAGCAAAGAAAAGGUCGCAGCUACCUAUCAUAAAACUAGA